UGGUUGUUUACAAUCUCUCUGGCUAAAAACAUGGCCGUUGACAAACUCACUCAUGGCAGUCAGCACUCGUGAACUCUUUACAAUUUAAAAUGUACACAUUUUAAGUUACCAAACGAACUAUUACGCAGUUACGAAUUUAGUUGACUUGUUUACCUGGCUGUUGGUUUGUCUGUUUAUCUCGCCUUGCUGUAACUCGUUAGCCGCUGAAGCUAGGUAGCGAGCUAACUUCUCCAUAGGGAACAAUGACAGCGACUUCUGCAGGUAGCAGCAGCUGUCUCACCGCGAAAGGACUGGACAUAAGCCUGGCUGCUCUGCAGCGACAGGACCCGUACAUCAACGAUAUUGUGGACGUGGCCAGUCAAGUUGCCCUGUACACUUACAACAACAGGGCAAAUGAGUGGGAGAAGACAGAGGUGGAAGGCACCCUUUUUAUCUACACAAGACUGGCAUCUCCCAGGCACGGUUUCACCAUCAUGAACCGACUCAGCAUGGAGAACUUGACGGAGCCAAUCACCAAAGACUUGGACUUCCAGCUCCAGCACCCCUUCCUGCUUUACCGCAAUGCACGAUUGGUUAUCCAUGGCAUUUGGUUCUAUGAUAAGGAGGACUGUCAACGGAUUGCUCAGAGGAUGAAGAUUCUGACCCAGCAAGAGCAGGCCUUGGCUCUGUCGCAGGGUGGAUGGUUAUCCCCAGGAGGAAGAGGAGGAGGAGGAGGAGCUGUAGUUGGAGGAGGAGCUGUAGUUGGAGUUGGAAGAGGAGGAGGAGGAGGAGUUGGAGGAGGAGGAGGAGGAGUUAUUGGGGGAAUAAUUGGAGGAAUAGUUGGGGGAGGUGGAGGAAGUGAAGCGAAGGCAGUGGACAUCAUCCAGAUGUUGACCAAAGCACGCACAGAGUAUGACAAGUCUGCGUCGGAGCCAAAGGAGAUUGGUGGCAGAAAUGUUCCUCAUGGAAACCCCAACCUCGUCAAACCAAUACCUGUUAAACCGAACACGCAGGACAGUGCAAGUGCUAAGCCCAAGCCUCUCUCUCUGGCCACUCUUUUUGGCUCUCAACCUCAACACCAACACUCAUCCAAACCUGACCCAGUCUCUCCUAUGGCUGCUCCUGAGACGGGGCCAUCAGCUGGACGAGUCGUGCGCCCACCUGUAGCCCGUUCACUGAAAUACGACGACACGGUGAACUCUAGCAGAAGUGUGACCUCCAAGGGAGGCAACGUCGCCAUGGUUGGGUGUUCAGAUGCUCUGAUUGGAGGACAGACAGUCAGCGAACAUGGCGGAAAUGCUGUUGUGGGCUUGCUGCCGAGUCCCACUGCCGCCCAUCAGCAGCAGCAGCAGAACCAGCCUCAGCACUGCCCAGCCAUCCAGAAGCUCAUGCAGGGACAGAGAGGAGUCGGGGUGGUCGGAGGUGUGCUCCAGACGGUGUCCGAGUCCCCCGAGAACAGGCUGUGUGACAACGGUGUGCCGCUGGAGCACCACCACCACCAUCACCAUAUGUACCAUCAUCAUCAGCAGCACCACCUUCACCAGCAGCACCACCUUCAGCAGCAGCACCAUCAUCAUCAACAGCAACAGCUUCAGGCUGACCCAAUCAAGAGACUUUUCCAAACCCAGCCACCUCCUCCCUCCGCCAACCUGCCUCAUCUGCAGCAGAUCCCCCAUCUCUCCUCUCAGCCCGUAAUGGUGGAUUCUGUGUCAUGUUCCCACCUUCAAGCACAACAAAGCCAGCAGCUGUUUUUCAGCCUCGCUAAACUUCAAACGGAGGCACUGCACAACAGCCAGUCAGCUUUAACUAUACAAGGAACAGGUUUGCUGCCAUCUCAGGGGACCACUGACCAAGUCCUUCAACCUUUACAAGGUCCGUCUUCCCAGAUUCCUGGUGUGGUGUCGCCUCAUGAGCUUCUGCAAAAGCUCCAGCUGGUCCAGCAAGAGCAAGGCAUGGCUUCCCAUGAUGCCCCUCGACUCUGUCCCGGACUGGCCCCUCGAUUCUUGGGGCCCACUCAAAGUCAAGGUGUCGGCUCAGUUGUCGGACCGGGUUCAAACCAGACCACAGCCACCGCCGGUCAGAAGGCUGCGCUGCAGUUUCAGGUCAUCUCCCCCCAGCGGAUACCAGCCACUGUGGCCCCCAACAUGCUCCUCUCUCCCAGUGUGUUCACUCAGGCCAAGUCCAGUGUCGGGUUGUCAGCGGUUGCCCAGGAGAGCUGCCCUGCCCACUCAAACCUGUCCAGACCCCCGCCGCAGGAGGAGAUCAGAGUCCUGUCCAGAGGCCAGCUUCAAGCCACACUUCUGCACAUGAUCCAUACUGACAGCUCAUUCCUGGACACCAUCUAUGAAGCCUACAUCAGCCGCUUUACUAAUGACUCCAGCAGCAAGUACUGAUGACUCUUCACAUCUUCUGUCUAUACAUAUACUCCCUCUACAGAGCUGUGGGGCUCAUUCUUCUACAUCGAACAUGGAUGUAGCACUUCCUCAUCCGGAUCCAAUAACAACACACGCCUACUGUAUCUCCUCUGCACUGUAUAGCCAGUCAACCUGAUUCUCUUCCCUUAGAACCAAGUCUCUCUAGUUGCAACAACAAAAAAGCAAUUAUCAAAAAGUAUUAACAUGUAUUACCAUUUAAAAGAGAGAAGAAAACAACUUUUCAUCCUGUUACUCCUCUGAGAAGUCAACCACUAAUUUUUGGCCUAAAUAUGUCAUAACAUCAAGUCAUGACAUCAACUGUAGUGAAGGGGAAAUGUAGCCUAUAAUGCAAACUCGCUGUUUUCCAAGGUGUUUGAAAUUAGUAGUUCCCUGCACUAUUUUCUUCACCAAAUGUAGCAGAAUUAUUUUUCUUUUAAUUUGUUUUGUUUUGUGCAAUGUGUAGUCUUUACUCCGUCACAGUCGUCUACCACCAGCCAGCCGUCUUCGCUCUAAAUAAACAAGUCUUCCCAGGCUAAAAACUAGUGCUGAAGGAUAUGCUCAAACUGACUUGAAACUGGCUUCACUUCUGAAAUUAAAUGUAAAGCAUGUUUUGUUUUCUGUACAUUUGGAAAAGUAAGUAUUUUUAAUUGUCAACAUAAUUUGUUGGAUUUUAAUUUACAAUUCUUUUAAAUUAAGUUCCUACUAGUUUGCUUUCUGAAUGAAAACAUUAAGCUAUAUUAUAUUACUAUCCAAAUUAUUUAAAAUUAUUAAAAUGAUACCAUAAUUUUUUAGUAAUUCUUCCUCCUCUAGCACAGGGAUGAAUAUCUGUAUUGUAUUCUAGUUACAGUUAAUGAAGACUUAGAAAUGGCACGCUAUCCAUCUAACUUGAAGUAACAAGGAAAAGACAGGAGCUUGUUGACUCUCCCUACCUCACAGAGAGCGAGUUCAGAGGUGUACCUGUGUUUUUACUUAGGGCGGAGUUUUAAAGAUUAGACAAUAGUCGGGAUGUUUUAUUUCAUUUUAACAUUGAGAAUCUUUUAACAUGGUGAAAUAUCACUCGAGUUGUUGUGAUUUUGCAUUCAUUCCACAGUUCUUGGACAUUUCCUCUGCAAAACAAUAUCUUGCAUAGUCCCCCCGCAGUUGAAUAAACUGAAUAAACAAUGGGUUAAAUGGAUUUAAAGCCAUAAAAAGCAGCAGAGAAGGUAUUUAGAUAUAUCCGAUAAUUGUUUCGAGUCCACAGGCCUGUUCAAAGCAAGUAUGAAAGAAAACAAGAUAGAAAAUGGACUAUGAUUCAUGCACUCUUCACAGAGACGUUAAAGUCAAUACAUUUUUAAAAUUUGGUUAGGGUUUUCAGUUUGUGUCUAGAGCCUGUGCUAAUCUCGUGUGUAUAUACACAAAAACAACAGCAAAAAAAAAGAAUACAUUCGAGAAAAGAAACAGAAUAUUUUUUCCCUAUUUUUGUACUCAAGCAAAAUGUAUUGUUGUCAAAAUACAAAUAACCAGCAUAUUACAUUACAAAUAAAUGUACAGCUAACAUAGAAGUACAAAUUCAUUCUUAUACGACAUAUCUCCAGUUAUUUGUUAGAUGCUGUUUUGUUUCUGUAAUUCAUCCAUAAAGUAAUUUUUGUCAUUUAGAAUAAUAUGAGACAUUGGAAUGCCAACUAAAACAUUUUGUCACAUUUUAUUAUUAUUUUUGUCGGGAAUGUUUUACUCUUACAUAAACUGGAAUAUAUUUUAAUUGGAUAUUAAAUGUUCUCAAACUUC